AUGGGUACUCUUGUUGGCAUGCCCGUAACUACCCCAAAAGGCCUUCGCUGGAAGAAGGACCGGUCUUCAGGGGUGAUGCCCGAAUGGACCACCGACCCCAGUAUUGAGGACAUCACAACCCUCGUGCGACGAGAGCUGAAGAUCCCGACUUCAGACCCAUGCAACAACUUCGACAAGGAUUACACCGUCACAUGUGGCCGCGGCCAAGAAUACAUCCUGCGUCUAACCGUCCCUGUCGACGCACGAUCAAAGACUAUGAGCGAGGUGGCUACUAUCGAGUACAUCCGUCAUCACACUGAGGUUCCAGUACCACAGGUCUUCUGCUACCAGGCUAAUACCGACAACGAACUUGGACUUGAGUGGAUACUUAGGGCGCGUAUGCCCGGUCGCAAACUUGGUGACGGACAUGAACUAAAACUGCACGACAACUGUAUCGCCGCAAAAAUUAACAUCGCUUGA